GCACUCACGCCUAUUCUGCAUCGGCGUACUCAGAAGACGGGCCAGAGCUGGCAACCGCAAAACCCUGCGGCCUCGGUAAUUGAAGACGACGACGUGUCUGACUUUACUGAUGAUGACAGAGAGACAGUUGCCGAGAAGCUGGGCCUCGAACUUAGGUCUUUAGAGAUGACGUUGCCCAAUACGGAUGUUAAAGAGGCAAAUGGAGGUCGAAAAGGCCUGAGCUACGUCAGCACGACCGGCGGUAGGUCAAACUCCCUGAUUGUCUCAUCGCAUAAAAGGGGAAGAUUUGAAGAGGCUCUUGGCCUGAAGCCUCAGGCCGAUGAUCCAACAACAUCGGCCAACACGCAGACUCAAAUCCUGACGGGUCAUUCGAGCCGGCACAAGCGGGCUUUCGAUGAACUGGUCGGAAGCACUGGUGGGUCAUGCAUGAGAGGAAAGACAAUUUUCUCCAAUUCAUACAGUAAACCCACUAAAGUCGAGCCUUUACCUCGCCUGGACCCGCCAAAACUCAAUUCAUGUAACCAUUCUCUGUCUUACUUGAUCGCCCAAAUUAAACUGGCCUAG